GAAAAAAUUAUCAUUUUCAACACAUUUUUCCAAAGUUUUUAUUUUUCACGGAAAAAUGUUGAAAUCUUUCGUAAUUUUAAGCAUCUUAGCAUUAAGUUUAGUCAAUGGAUUGUACGAAGAUCAAAUUGGAAAGUUUGAUUGGAAACAAUCAUUUAUUGGUAUUGCAAAGUCUGCACAUUUCGGAGAUGGAGACAAAAUAGCUGUAACAACGGAGGAAAACACUUUUGCUGUUUUGUCGGCGAAAAAUGGAGAAAUUCUCAGUCGUCAAGUGUACGAAAGCGAUUCUCGGGGAGAAAUUUUACUUCUUGCCGGCAAUACAGCUGCUACGGGAAGUCAUUUAACUCGCGAUUACGACACAAUUACCGUCUCGGGAAGAAAUCCUUCGAUCAUUCGGGGAUGGAAUGCCGAGAAUUCAGCUCUCGAAUUUGAAUGGUCUCUGAAUUUGUUGAAUGCGGAUGCCGCCCCGAACGUUAUGUGGUUUUACAAUAAGCAUUUUCUGUAUCACGUCAUUCCCGUAUGGGGCUCGCAUGUCGAAGUUGCUGGAUAUAUUGCGAAUAGCGGACAAUCGACGAAACAAACUGCAACGAAAAUCACGACGCCAUGGAGUCGAAAGGAAAACUGUUUGCUCGUCGAGCAAUAUUUUGUGUGUCAUGUGAAAAAUCAAGUUUUAGUGUUGGAUUUGAUUGCUGACGGUUCAAAUAAUAUCAAAACUGUUGCUGUUGAUGUUUCUGAUGCUCAAAUUGAACGAGUUAAUGGAGGUUUAGCUGCUGUUCGUGUUGGAAAUCAGGUCGUUUUGUUGGCAGAAAAGACUGUAGUCAAGACAAAAAUGCCAAAUCCAUCGUCAGUGUUUGCCGAAGCAAGUUUGGGAGAUAACGGAGCCUUGAUUGAAAUCCUUAAUGAAGAAGCCAACGUAAAAAUUGUCACAACAGACCUUCAAACGAACAAACAAAUUGAAGAAUUAUCAACAACAGCUUCUUAUCCGAAAACAUUGGGAGCUCCAAAGAUUCUUGCUGCAAAAUGUAGAAGCGGAAAUCAACCAAUUUGUCGAUUGUUAGUGAAAUCUGAGGAUGGAGCUCUUGUUCUUUUGCAACAAGGCAAAAUAAAAUGGACUCGCGAAGAAUCCUUAACGAACAUUGAUUCCGUGGAAUUUGUUGACUUGACUUUAUCUGAUGCUGAAGGAGAAUUAGAAGAAGAAUUAACCAACAAGAAUAGGGACUUUUAUGGAGCUUUUGUUCGUCGUAUCGCAGGUCAAAUAACCCAUGCUAAAAAUAUCUUCUUACAUGUCGUUGGAGGAGGUCCUGCGCCAUCAGCUUCUCAAAAAGCGGGCUUAGUUCGUGAUGAUUUUGGACUUCACAAAAUCAUUAUUAUCGUAACGAAAACAGGAAAAGUUUAUGGAGUCGAUAAUUUAUCCGGAAAAUUCCAUUGGAUCAAAUAUUUGCCUCAUAUGCAAGGAUUUAACGAAGAACAAGGCUUACAAUUGCUUGUACAAAGAACCUCCAAAUAUUAUCCGCUUCCUGCGCAAUGUGCUGUUAUUGGAAAAGACAAAACCACGGGCAAUGGAGUAAUCUUCCAAUUCAAUCCGAUUACGGGACAAUCGCUUAAUGGAGGAGAUGGCGUUACAAAACUCACGUAUCCAAUUCAACAAAUUGCAUUGUUACCAAAAUUGAAUGAAGAUUCACUCAAAGGCUUAUUGUUGUUGGAUAAUAAUAAUCAUGUGCAUGCGUUACCUGAAUCUACAGCUAAAUUCGCUGAUGGGCUUUAUCUUUACACAGCAGAUCGUAAUACGGGAGCGAUGUCGGGUUAUUUUGUGCAGUUCAGUAAUAAUAAAUUACAAACAAUUCCAACAUGGAAACUUCAUGUCGGAAGUAUUGCUCGUCAACAAAAAAUAAUCAAAAUUGCUUCUAAAAAUCCAAUUGAGCAUGUUCAUUCUCAGGGACGUGUUUUGGCAGAUCGUUCUGUGUUGUACAAAUAUCUAAAUCCUAAUUUGGUUGCUGUUGUUACGCAAGGAAUAGAUCCUAUUCAUAAAUAUAUUUUGAACGUACAUUUGGUUGAUGUUGUUUCCGGAGCAAUUAUUUUCUCAAUGACACAUCGUCGAGCAAAGGGACCUGUGAAUAUUGUUCAUUCGGAAAAUUGGCUAACAUACUCGUUCUACAAUGAAAAAGUUCGUCGCACGGAAAUUACUUCAAUUGAACUGUAUGAAGGCAAAACACAAGCUAACAGUACUGUUUGGAGUUCUUUGGGAGCUCCUCCAUUACCGCUUGUCGAACGUCAAACGUACAUUUUCCCCGCAAAUGUUGCCGUAAUGAAAGAAACAAUCACUGAAAAGGGCAUCACGAACAAACAUGUUUUGUUUGGCAUCUCAUCAGGACACAUUUUGGAAAUGUCAUGGCAUUUACUCGAUCCUCGUCGACCUUCGACAAAUCCUGAACGUGCGCGAGAAGAAGGCUUAAUUCCUUACAUUCCUGAAUUGCCGAUUCAACAAGAUGCGAUUGUCAACUACAACCAAACAAUUGAACGUUUAAAGGGAAUUCACACAGCGCCAAGUGGUCUUGAAUCAACGUGCCUGAUGAUCGGAUAUGGCUUGGAUUUGUUCGUAACUCGAGUUGCGCCUUCGAAAACUUUUGAUUUGCUGAAGGAAGAUUUCGAUUAUUUCCUUAUCACGGCAGUUCUGACAGCACUCAUCGUUGCUUCUUAUAUUACGAAGCAGCUUGCGUCGCGAAAACUCAUAAAACAAGCAUGGAAAUAGGGAAUUUUUGAAAAAAAAAAGACUUUUUUGUAGUUAAGGGAACAUCUUGACUAAAUAGAUAAAAUAAAAAAUUAAUAAAUAAAUUUGAACCAAAUUAAA